GGAAGGGCCCGAGAGAUGGGGCUUGGCACAGUGAAUCUUUGGAGGCCGUCAGCAAGGGAGCAGCCCGCCCAAGGAAGACGGCAAGCGGUUGCGGUCUGACCCCCACAGAAGGCAGGGCGAUGAAGCUGAAUGAGCGGAGCGUGGCCCACUAUGCCACCUGCGACUCGCCCACCGACCAUGCUGGCUUCCUCCGCAAGCGGGUGGAGCGGCACCACCACCAUGCCCACCACCACGCCACCUCCUACCAGCGCCGUUGGUUCGUCCUCAAGGGCAACCUCCUCUUCUACUUCGAGGAGCGGGAGAGCCGGGAGCCCGUGGGGCUGGUGGUGCUGGAGGGCUGCACCGUGGAGCUGUGCGAGGCCGCUGAGGAGUUCGCCUUCGCCAUCCGCUUUGAUGACGCUGGUGCCAGGGCUUACGUGCUGGUGGCCGAUGGGCAGGCUGCCAUGGAGGCCUGGGUGAAGGCGCUCUCGCGGGCCAGCUUUGACUACAUGCGGCUGGUGGUGAGGGAGCUGGAGAAGCAGCUGGAGGAGGCCUGCAAGAGUUUGGCUGCUUGCUGCAAGUCUCCGCGGAGGUCCUCCUCCUCCGGCAGGAAGAGGCACCUCUCCAACCCUGCCUUGCUGCCUCUCCAGGAGAAGCCCGCCGUCCUGGAGAACGGUUACUCCACGUGGGGUAGCGGUGGUGGUGUUCCCGGGGGGGCUGCCUGCUCCGACCGUGACAGGGGGCACGUGAAGCCCCCGCCCCUGCCUCCACGCCGGCGUUUGGCUGCCGGCAGUGCCGCAGGGUCACCAGUGCCCGGCCUCUCGCCGGCCAUGCCGGAGAGCCCAGUGUCACCGGAGACGGCCUGCUUCUCCAAGCUGCACAGCUGGUAUGGGCAGGAGAUCGCGGCACUGAGACGGGAGUGGCAGGAGAGGCAGAAGAGAGGACACCCAUGACUGGGGGCAGGGGGCACAAUCCACCGGCCAGCCGAUGCCUGGCAGCCUGUCUGCCACGCAGGAAGAGCAAAGCGAGGGAUGUUGCUUGCCCCCUCCCCUGGUCGGUGCCCGAGUGUGUGGUGCGUGUGUGCUUCAUGGGGCGUGUGGGAGGGACCCGGGUCUUCCUCACAUUUCGUUUCCAUGAGGCUUUAUACAGCUGGAGAGUGUGUAGUACCAGGGGAGCCACCUUUGAACUGUCCUCUGCUGGUGCUACAAGGUGUGGAGGGGGCCCAAAUUGGCACAUGUGCAACGAACCUCACCCAACGGGCUUGGCCCCUUGCCGUCCUGGCAUGGUGGAUGCUUUGGGUGCUUCAUCGCUUGCCUCUCCUUCACCAGUUUUUUUUUGUUUCAUUUCUUGUCAUGGACGUUUGCACAGGUCAGCGUUUAUUAUUGCCUGUGGUCUUGCGCCAAAGUCCUUCUGCAUUUGCUCUUUCACUGCAGAUAAGGCUGGGCUCUUAUGAAUGCCUCCGACGGGCCACUGGCCCUGGUGGGUGCCUCCAGCCUUGUGCCUCUCUCGCCACAGGACACGUGAGCCACCAUGGCUGCGGCUGGCCCAGCAGCCAGGGCAACAAGGACUGGCCUCUUGCGUCAUCGUUUUUUACUUUCAUCUGCACUAACCCUCCUCCCUGCUAAAUCCCUCAGGAUGUGGAUUUCACGGGCUUGCAUCCAUCUCUUUGGGCCCCCGAGCUCAGCAGUGAGGCUGAAAUGGAGACACUGAGCCUGGUUUGAAGCAACAGUGAGGACCAGGAGCUCCCCAGGGCUGAUCUGGACUCUGUCAAGCGGUAGCCAAGCUUGUUAAUGUCUCCAGGUCAAGACUUCCCUGUUCCAAAACAGGGACACUAAAGCCUCUUUGCCUUGCCAGGGGUGAAUUUAUCAGCCUCUGCGCAGACUGUAGCUCCUGCAAAGUGCCAUAUAGGGCUCAGCUGGCUCGUUGGGCAGCUUGCCCGAGACAGCAUCCAGAGCCACACUCUUGCAGAGCCUCUCUUGCUGUUGUGGCUCUGCCCAGUUCCUGGCAGAGCUGCACAGUGGGAGAAGAGGCUGUGGAGGAGCAGGGAGGAAGAGAGGGCUGGCCCCGGGAGGAGAAGUGAAGGUGUGGGAGUGAGUUACAGGUUGCAGUGACUGACUGUGUGUCAGCAGUGUCUGGGCUUGCCCCUCUAGCGUCAAAGCUGUAUCGCUGCCUUCUACCAAAGCCAGGCCUGACCUGCCGGAUUUUUUCUUCCCUCCGAUUUCGUGUCAGCAUCACUCAGCUGAUCGCCAUAGCAGGUGAGGAGGGCUGUGGGGAGGCACUCCUGUCCCCUCGCUACAGAAAUGGACUUGUCCUUUACCAGUAGGUCAGCAACCUUGGCCAGGAGGCAGACGGUACAAGUAGGUGGGUGCUGAGUCCAGGGGCUGCAGCACCCUGGAGAUGGGGUUGAUAAAUCCCCUUAUCCUCUUGGCAAGGGCUGUUUUUCAAAGCAGAAAAAAUAUGUGAAGCAGUCUUGUGCUUCCUGUCUAACAGUGUUAAACCUGGUUUUAUUGCCAUGUUUUAUUAAAGAGCCUUGCUAGGAAAGCAAGAGGCUCUUCCAGGUCAUGACUGUAGGAACCUAUUUGCCUUUCUGGAGUGAAAUGCACUUUGCAAUAGCCAGUAGAGACUGUCAAUGCAGAAGUCAAAUUACUUCCAUUAACUUUUGGUGCCUUUGCAAAUAUAUCUCUGGUAGUUUUGGAUCACGGGCUUCCAGCGUCCUGCCUAAUUAUGGGUCGAUGGUAUAUUAAAGGAAAUCAGAUCUUAAAUCAGGUCUUACAAAUAUGACUUUGGGCAGUGGGAGUGUAACCUUCACAUACGAGUGAUGCAAUCCAGUCCUCUCCAGUCUGUAUUUCUUCACAGUAGGGAUCUUUGAGUUUAGAAGGAUUAUUUUUGUUCUGCUUCUUAAGUUAAAAUAGUUCAGAAAGACGAGGAGCAGGUGGCCACGGGCCAGUG